AUGGAGAGCCUUGAAGCAGCUAGAAAGUGCUUGACAACUAGUUUGGAAACUUCGAGCGCCAUUGCCUCUGCACUUGAUGAAUCUCGAUCGAGAUUGCAGCUACUUAACCAGAGAUAUCUGUCCUUGCAAGCUUCCCUUAGACCCAUCUCGAAGCAGAAGUGCUCAUUUGUCAACAUUGACCAAGGUAUAGACAGUGUUCUAUGUUCUGCUGCUGCACUCCUCAAGGUUUCUGACUCUGUUCAGCACUUGGAGCAUUCUCUCUUAACAGAUCCCUCUUCUGAUCUAUACACCUAUGUCUCAGACACAAAGAAGCUCGAGGAAGCAUUGAAGCUUCUAACUGAUAAUUGCAGGUUAGCAGUUGGCUGGUUGAAGGACGUCUUUGAGUUCUUACAAGACAAAGCAAUCACCAAUGAGCUUUACCUGUUGAAUGUGAAGAAAUCUUUGAGAAUAUUGCAAGAAUUGCAGGUCAAGGAGGAAAGUUCUCGCCUUGAUGGAGGUCUUCUUAGUACUGCUUUUGACAAACUAGAACUUGAGUUCCACAGGCUUAUCAUAGCAAACUCCAUGCCUCUUCCUUUGGUUUCGUUGACAUCACACAUCGGUCAGCAAGCCAGUAUUGCCAAACAAGCUUUGCCAUUGACAAGUUCUUUAGCAGGGGAGUUGCAUGCCAUCAUUGAGAGAUUACAUGCUAACGGCAGGCUAGACAAGUGUCAAUCUAUCUAUGUUGAAGUUCGAGGUAUGAAUGCUCGUCGAAGCUUGAAGACUUUAGAUUUGAGUUACCUUGAGAUUCUAACAGCUGAAUUUGAGGGUGCACAGUGUAUAGAGAGCUACAUAGACCAAUGGGGUUGCCAUUUGGAGUUGGUUGUGAAGCAACUGCUCAAGACCGAGUGCAGGCUCUCAGCUAUUGUCUUUGAGAAAAUCGGUCCAGAAGCAUGGAUGGGGUGUUUUGCAAAGAUUGCCAUUGAAUCAGGAAUUCUUUCUUUUAUUCAAUUUGGAAGGAUUGUUACUGAGAGGAAGAAUGACCCCUUCAAGUUGUUGAACCUGCUGUCCAUAUUCAAGGUCUUAAAUGGUCUAAGGCUAAUAUUCAACCAGCUUUUCAGUGUGAAAGCUUGUAAAGAAAUUAGGACUGUGACUGAGGAUCUCAUAAAAAAAGUAGUCAAUGGUGCCAGUGAGGUAUUUUGGCAACUUCCAGCACAAGUUAGGUUGCAAAGACCGACUUCUCCUCCCUCUGAUGGCAGUGUUCCCAGGCUGGUAAGCUUUGUAAUUGAUUACUGCAAUCAGCUGCUCGGGGAUGCCUAUAGGCCACAUUUGACACAGGUUUUGGGAAUACAUCUUAGCUGGAGAAAGGAAGCAUACGAAGAGGGUAUUGUUUUCUGCCAAAUAUAUAACGCAAUUAAGGAGGUUGCGGUAAAUUUGGAUUCUUGGUCAAAGGCCUAUGAAGAUAUCACAUUGUCCUACCUUUUUAUGAUGAAUAAUCACUGUCAUUUCUGCAAUUUGAGGGGUACUGUGCUUGGAAAUAUGAUGGGAGAUUCUUGGUUAAAAGCACACGAGCAAUAUAAGGACUAUUAUGCUGCACUUUAUUUGAGGAAAAGCUGGGGAAAGCUUCUAUCUAUUCUCGUAGUUCAAAGGGACAUACUUUCACCCACCAGUGCAAGUGUGACAAGCCAAGACUUGACAAAGAGACUAAAUGCUUUCAAUCUAGCUUUUGAUGAAAGGUACAAAAAGCAAUCUAAUUGGGUAAUCUCCGAUGAGAUCUUGAGGGAAAAUGUAUGCAAGCAUUUGGUGGAAGGUAUUAUACCAAUUUAUAGGGCCUACGUCAAGAAUUAUUGUUUGUCAAUAGAAAAUGAUGCUAAGGUUGACAAGCAUAUGAAAUAUACGGCACAGAGUUUGGAGAACAAGAUUAGGUCUCUGUUUCAGCCCAGGCAGAGGAAGGGUAGUAGCAGUAAACAGACAGACUUGAUUAGUAAAAUAAAAGAAGUAAGUCAUCAGUUUCGCUUGACUCUAGCUGCUCUAUAA